AUGGAUUCCCGAUCGCUCGUGCAUCGUCGUACCGAUAGCACUCUGAAAACAGUCAUGCGAAAGAUUUUCAGCAGGAAACGCCAGAGCCAGGCUGAUGACGUGGAAGAACGUCCCAAUGAGUCCUACUUCCCUGCUAAUCGCAGGAGGCUAGGACUGUCGGAGCGAGCACCCUCUUCUCUGGCCAUGCCUGCACCGCUUGAGUCUCCGCGAAAUAGUCCUCUUUCAGUUGUGAAUCUGCAACAUCAGGCUAUGAUGACGAAUUUUGCUCCAUCUCUCCUAAGGACGGGUUCCUUAGGGCCACAUGCCAUGCUGGCACGUCGACGGCGAGCUACACUUCCCAGUGUGAUCUUCUCCGAGGAUGAAUCACGAUAUGCGGCGCCCUCUCUUGUUGUCUCAGAUCCCCAGGACGACCGAUCUACUAGGCCAGACUCACGAUAUAGCUACCUUCAGAACCCUCGAUCUAAAAGUACAGACGCACUACAAGACUUAGUAGAGCAAGAGAAACCUGUUGAUCUUUCGACAUGGCCAAUCCGGAAACCUACGGAUGAUUCAAUCCCUCGUUCGGCAUCUCCACCUUUUAAGAGAAGCUCUGUUGGCGGCCAAUCCCCGAGGCCUUCCACUGGGACCACAGUGACUAGUAUCACUCGAGGAUCGAUACAGUCUCUCUUGGACUCAGACCAAGUUAGUCUACCGCCGAACGUGGGCAAUUUUGUCCACGCAAUGCAGCACGUUGACGGUCUCACUGUGGAACAGCGGCUGAACACAAUUGAGGUGAAGAUGAUAGACCUAGAGUUUGCUAUUGCCCGCAUGCAAUCAGGUCCUGUAUCAAACUUGGAAAAAACUAAAGAGCGACCAUCAAAGCAGCCACCACGACACAAGCAUGCGCCUGCAGAAAUUAGGCGCAGCAAGAUUUCCCCUGGAUACUUGAGCACUAAGGAUCACGAGGAGUUACCCAGCCUCCCAAAAAGCCGUCCAACAAGCACGAGCACAAUCCGUCCGGAUAAGAAAGUGCACCCAGUCCGACCCGCCACAUCGAGCGCAUCCUUAUCCGAGUUCAACGGUGUUUCAAUAGAGCAAUACAGCACUCUCGUCACCCUACUCCGUCGUGAGCAGACAGCCCGCAGGACUUUGGAAGGCCAAGUAGCCAGUCUCCGCGACGACAUUCGCCAGAUCCAACGAGCAGCACUACAGUCAAUGGAGAUGGGGACGAUGUACCCAAUCCGCAGCGUUGAUUCAGAGGACAUGCUCCGUUUUCGACGUGCGCUAGACGACGGUGAAUUGUCAAUUCGCGACGAGAAGCCCAAUCAAAAUAUGAGUAUCCCAUUCGACGAUAGUGACUCGGAUUGGGAACGCCACAAUGGCAAUUUUCGAGAUGAUCAGUUCACUCCUUCCAAAUGGAGUGGGCCUGGUCGUCGAGUUAUCACGGUUCCCAUGAUUUGA